UGUCAAUGACAUAUUCGUUUGCUUCGUGUAAAUUUUGUGAUGUUAAAAUUUCAAAUCCGUCUGUUUAUCAAUGAAUAUGGUUUACACUAACAGAUAAUGGUUAUACGUGUUUUUUUGGCUAUUUUACUACAAACUAUAAUAGUGAUUUAUAAGUAAAUUAUAGUGUUUUUUUGUUAUAAUGGAGGAUCUCAAUUUGACAGAGACCGAAAUGAGAUAUUUCGGUGAUUUGUUUUUAUGUUGCGACGAGGAAUCGAACGGAAAAAUACCUAUAUUAAAAGCUACAGAGUUAUUUAGAUCUUCUAAUAUACCGAACGAUGUAUUACGACAGAUCAUGGAUAUUAGCGUAGCGCCUAGCACUUGUGCAGCACUGAAUCAUAUGAAUAGGAAGCAGUUUUAUUCUGCCCUCAAAUUGAUAGCUGCACAUCAAACUAACGUGACUCUAAAGCCCGAACUUCUCUCUACUCCUCUGGACCUUCCAUUACCUAGGUUUACAUGGACUCUUAAUUCAGACGCUAAUGCAGAUCUUAUUCAGUUAUCUAAUUCCCCUAAAGAACAACACAUUUCUAAGAGGGAUAGAAAUUUUGGAGGAAAUGUGGGUGCCUAUGAGCCAAUACGAGUACCCUCAAACUUGUCUGACAGUGAUGUUCCACAAGCUCUAUCACACGAUGCUACCGAAGCUUUAAGCACAGAUUCAGAAAUGGAGUCUGAAACUAUGUCACAAAGAUCAGGGUCAAUUGGGAGGAGAGUAAAAGCCGGGUCACCUUGGAGCACCGCGAGUGAAAGCCCCACUCCCACCAACAGUGUAGCGGAGCGAGUACAUCCAGCGUGGGAGCACAGCAUCACAGGACGGGGGGUAUGGCCGACUAACACUGCUGAGGAACAUACAAGGCUAUUAGGUACGGAAGAGGAGUCUUCGGACCGCCACUCGUCGGAAGAGGACGGCGAGGAGGGUGACAGCAGUGAGGAGAUUUUCGCCAUCAGCGAGGUCCAAGCGCGGCACUAUGCGGCACAGUUCGCGCAACUGCGGCCCGAGCUUGGCCUGCUUUCCGGACAGACGGCCAGAUUGUUUUUCGAAAAGUCGCGCCUCUCCGUGCCGGAUCUACGGAAAAUUUGGCAGCUCUCCGAUAUCACUAAAGACGGUAUGUUAACGCUCGAGGAGUUCAGUAUAGCCAUGCACCUGAUCGUCCUAAGGCGAAACAGCAUCCCCGUUCCAGACGUGCUUCCCGCUUGUCUGGUGCCACGAGUCGAUUCACAUUUCUCCCAGCAGGCUGUCACCACUGAUCUAGUUGAUCUGGGCUCGGAUAUGUUUGGCUCCGGAACCUCGGCCGACUUCAACUUCGCGCCCAAACCCGAAGUAAACGAUCCAUAUGAGAGCAAACCUGUCAAAAAGUCUGAGGAGCGGCAGCCCUCCCUUUCCCCACCUAAACCAGAGCCGCAAAUCAAUAACAAGGAGUGGACGAAGUUCGUGGAUUCGCCCACAUCGAGCGUCUCGAGUCCGGGCCCGAAGCCGGUAAACUUCGAUUUUCACAAGUCCGCCCUCGAGAGGGAUCCCAAGAUAUUCCAUCCGGUAGCAUUACGCGUUACACCCGACGCGAACACCAUUCCGCUCGACGGCGAUUUACGAUCCAGUACGUCUCCUCGUCGAGACGAUUUCUCGCACGCGUUCGAACUCGCGAGUCCAAAACGGCUCAACUCCCAACCUCCCCCCGACCAGCCUCCAAACGGCACGUCGGAAAUAAAAUCGAUUCAGCGACCGCAGCCUAAAAAACCAGUGAAGAACGCUGGGGUUUUACCUCCACCGCCCGCUCGAGAAUCUUCCGUUCACGCGGAAGACGGACCGCAGUCUUUACAAUACGCGCCAAAGAAGGACCCACCUCCUCCACCUCCGCCGCGACCUUUACGGAAUCACACCCGCUCGAGUUCGCUAGAUCUGAAUCGGUUCAAAGGCGCUCCGGCUCCCCCGCCGCAACCGCCUCCAAGAAUGUCUCCUUCCGCCACAUCUCCACCCGCCCGUCGCCUCAUCAACCAACGAAGUGAAGGUGAACCGGCGUUUCCGCCGGACGCGUUCGCACCACGAGAAUACGAAGGUGAAGGCUUCGGAUACAAUAGGGAGGACGCACCAAAAAUGCACGGAGCUUUCGAAGUCUACCGUAAACCCUCACGAGAAUCUUCCUGCGAGGCCGAUCCAGAUGUAAAAUCCCUUCAGGAACAGAACGCGGUUCUACAUCGUGUCUGUCGCGCUCUUUGUGCGGAAUUAGCCGACGUACAGAGGGAGCGGGAAGGCUUGCGCGUUAGGCUCGAUACGAAUUCGACCCCAGUCUAGUCAUCCCGUUUGCAUUGAACCCUUUAAUGUAUUUGGUAUAGAUCUGGUCAGACUAUUUGAUCGUUCUAAUCCGUGGUGUUAACGUGUAAUAACUCUGCUUACAAUCAGACUUCACUUAUUCUGGUUUAAAUCGAUCGAUCGUGUCGUGAUCUUUGUCAACUUUGAUGGCAAUUCGACUUGUAUAUUAACUGAUUUUUAUCGUCGUAUUUAAUACUUUAUACCGACCCAUUUGUGUAAUCUCAUACGAAAAUUUUCAUUUUCUUCUCACGAUUAUACUUAUUAUAUUUAGACUCAUUGUGUUGUAUUCGAAAACGGCUUAAGUGUCUCUGGUCCUAAUCGCUAAAAAGCUAUAUUAUUAAGUAAAUGACUUUUGAAAUAUUCAAUGUUAUUAAAAAAUAUUAUCGACAUCGUUAAUUUUAAGAUCGCGAAUUUAGUUUUAGUGAUGUGUAGAGAUUUAAGUGCUUAAUCGAGUUCCGUAAAAUUUUUGAACGCGUCGAUUAUGAGCUUCCUACGAGAAAUUGAAAAAAAAUUCUUUAUCAAUGAAAAGAGGCUAUAGUAUUUUUCUAACAUUUUGUAUUUUAGCUUUUAAUUUCCUUCUUGAAUAUUCGUAAUGCAUGAAUUGAUAUCAUUUGUAGCUCCCAACUAUUUUGCUGAUCUGCCUGCGUCCUUCUGUACCCCUAGUGCGAUUUUAGUUCCCGUAAACGUUUAUGCGUGUCAAUACUGUGAAUGGUCCUUGCUGUGAAGUCGUCGUUAUGUAGUCAUUAUUGUCAUUCUCAGCCUAUAAAGGUUUCACAGCUGGGUACAGGCCUCCUUUCAUAGUAGAAUGGGUUUACGUGUGCAUAGACCCGUAACGCUGCUCCUUUUUUUUAACUUGCUUUACGGCUCUGGGUUCCAGUGUAUUCGUAUCAUUUUAAUUGGACCGGAGUUCUUGGUAGCUUAUAGUAAUUUAUUGAAAAAAAUAUUAUAAAAAAUCAUAAUUAUUAUUUAUUUUUAAAAUAUAUUAAUGGAUUGGUUGAAUGAAAAUCUACCUCAAAAUUUUUACAUUAAAAUUGUAAUGCCCUUCGUAGCUACCGAAGCUUUGCUAAAGAUUUCCAACAUUUAAUAGGUAGUUACAGGGAUUUAUAUACUCUUAUUUA